GUCGUGAAUUGCAGCCUUGCGCCAUCGUAGGUGUUCUUGCGUUGUCACCAGGAUGCAGCCUAAACGUCCUCCUGGCCGAGGCGCCAUUUGUUUGUCACUUUGUCGAUGUUGACGCCGACGUUUCACCACCGAAGACCAUCUUAAAAGUGGCGUUGUUUUUUUUUUGCGCAUUGUGUUGUGACCGCGGUGUGCUUCCCGGGUGAGGACGAAAAAGACCCCCUUGGACGUCCUGCCUAACUCGGGAGGAGUUUUGAAGACUUCUGACUGCUGAUUUGUCAAUGAAGCACCUGCCAGGUGUCAGCGAGCCACUUCCCGAUGGAGAAAUAUGAGAAACUGGCCAAAAUCGGAGAAGGUUCUUACGGCGUGGUGUUCAAAUGCAGGAACAGAGACACGGACCAGAUAGUUGCCAUCAAGAAGUUUGUGGAAUCUGAAGACGAUCCAGUCAUUAAGAAAAUUGCACUGAGGGAAAUACGAAUGCUGAAGCAGCUGAAACACAUCAAUCUGGUCAACCUGCUGGAGGUCUUUCGCAGGAAACGCCGCCUCCACCUGGUCUUUGAGUUCUGCGAGCAGACGGUCCUCAACGAGCUGGAAAAACACCCACGGGGGGUUCCUGAGGCUCAACUUAAGAGCAUUGUGUGGCAGACGCUGCAGGCGGUCAACUUUUGCCACAAACACAAUUGCAUCCACCGUGACGUCAAGCCUGAGAACAUCCUCCUCACAAAAAGCGGCGUCAUCAAGUUGUGCGACUUUGGCUUUGCUCGCAUACUAACUGGACCAGAGGACGACUACACGGACUACGUAGCGACCCGCUGGUACCGGGCUCCAGAGCUCCUGGUCGGGGACACUCACUACGGGCCCCCAGUGGACGUUUGGGCGCUGGGAUGCGUCUUCGCCGAGCUGCUGAACGGAAGUCCGCUAUGGCCAGGGAAGUCUGACGUGGACCAGCUCUACCUCAUACGCAAAACCCUCGGGGACCUCAUUCCUCGUCACCAGCAGGUGUUCCGGUCAAAUGUGUUCUUUAGUGGAGUCAGUAUUCCUGACCCUGACACCACGGAAACUUUGGAAAAACGAUUCUCCGGUGUGUCACCACAGGCUCUCCAAGUUAUGAAGUUGUGCCUGGUGAUGGACCCGUCCCUCAGGCUCUCCUGCGAAGAGCUGCUGGAGAUGCCCUACAUUCACAACGACGGGGGGUCCGGCUGGGCCCGAGAGGGGGAACGUCCCGCGAGGCGCCACGAUAAAGGACCCCGCCGCAGACAGACCGGGGCCCAGUACUUGCCACAGUUAACAAACAGCAACAUGUCACCUGCACCAGACGUCAAGAAGCCGGCGAAGCACAGAUAUCACCUGCCCAACAUUUAGCCAAUGACGAGCCAGCUGGCCUCCAUAAACCUUGUGACCGAAGACGCACCUUCUUCUCGCUGGUAUCACUGAACACUAGAGAUGGAACGGUUUGUGAAAAAAUCUAAAGCGUUCGUUUGAGCUGACACCGUUUCGAAGUACGUAUGUUGCUCGGAUACCAGUUUUUUUCUUUGUGUUACUCAUUUAGUUUGGAGCGUGUACGUGUAGACCUGAUCAUACGGAAUCACGGAACUGGCCAAUAAAAACCGAAUCUACUGUUAAACAAGAAAA